UCAGGUGAAGCAUCAAAAGAGAUGAAGGACUGGACAGAAGAAGAGGUGGCCAUCUGGCUGAAAAGUAACGUACGUCUCUCCGAUGAACUUGUAAGUAAGUUUGAAGGGGUGGAUGGUUUCACGUUGGUGAGGUGUUCCAAAGCUGCACUGAUACAAGAUUUCGAACUCUCUGCAGGAUAUUGCACAAGAUUGAUGUUAAGGAGGGAGCAUUACCUUGAAAAAGAACGAAUGGGCAUGCUGACCACUCCGGAAUCUGCGUUAUCUGACAGUAGGGAUAGUAACUCCAAGGUAAGUGCAAUGAAGAAUGUGAACACACCCAGUUCAGUUGUAGUAGAACCUACCUCGACACCAACAACAUCAGCAGAUGCAGAUGAACCAGUACCACAGGGAGAAAGUGUGCACAAAACCUCAUCUUCUUCACCUUUGGGUAACAUCCAUGUAGACUCCACAGGUGUGGAAGCUCCAGGUAAGAAAAAAGCUACAACAGCUCCUUUUCUAGGGGAAGUUCCUGUUGCAUCGCUGAAGAUGGAACAGGACACUGUUGAAUCUAUUGUAGACGUGGAGACAGGAUACGGCUCAUCCUAUACUUCUGCCACACCAAAUCCAUCUGAAGUGGAUUUACCAUGGCCUCCGUUUGGUCAUCCAGAAAGACAGGAAUCACUGUAUCAGGGAUCUGGGAUUGGAGUUAAGGACAGUAACUUAAAUACAGAAAGAAAGCUUACUAAUCUUCUUCUUGGGUCUGACAAAGGUGAGCUUGAUUCAUCCUACUACCCAGUUCUGGUUGUCAACACACCCGCUCAACAGUUGAGUUCUACAGAGUUGGAAGAACGGUUUGGUUUCAUGUCUUCUGUCAGUUGGAAUGUUGUCUUUGACUGCAAUGCAGAUUCCAACAAGAUGGGGCUCUGUCAGUAUGUGAAUAAGAGGAAAUCAAUCAAGAUCUUGAGUGCAGAAACAUUAACAGUCGAGACCGAGGAUGUAAAUGCCCUUAGAGAAGGAAUUGACUUCCCAGAGAUUCCUGUUUGGGUGUUCCCUAAUGGUCGGAAUGAUGUUGAUGUGCAAGGAAUGGACAAGAUGUCAGAUAUGGACUGGAUGAGAGAGCGCUCACAUGCAGUCUCGAACACUGUCCGGUUCUUCUCUCACCCUGGUGUCAUUCCACCAGGCAGAGCAGUCGUCCUGUUCUUCCUGCUUUCUUAUUCAGAUAUCAUGGUCAUGACACAGCUGUUCAGGGAGUUCUACACUUCCAAAUCCUUUCAGGACCUGAAACAUUUCACUGUGAUUGCAGAGAAUCAGGGUAUACUGCACCAAUGGAUUCAGCAUCUUGAAAGUCAAAGCAUCGUUUCAAGCAAGGAUAUGAAAGAUAGAUGUCUUGGAGGAGUGCAAUGGCAGGAGAUCAACACAUACAUGUUGAGACUUCUAGGGUCCUGUGAGACACGUUUGCCAGUACUUCCUAUGGCUCCUAAAGGACAGUGCGACCUAAUGAAGAAACACCAGAGUCAGUGGUCAGACAUAUCAAUCCUAGCAAAGAAUGAGUGUGAAAACACUUCUAUGGAUGAGAAUAACCCCAAAUUCUUGGACUUUGUUCAGGAGAAAGAGUCGCAAUUCUAUCAAGGUCAUGGAGUUGACUGGUGGAAUUUCUAUCUGUCAGAAGAGAGGUUGAAUGGAGGUAAAGGCUACAAUCAUGUUCUGAAGCGUCAGAAUUACAGAAGGAUCUCUUCCGAUGUUCAUAAAGUACUCAACUCUCAAGGCAAGAAAGUCCCCAACAUUUCCAUGGCGACUGUCUUUCAUGUAGCAGGUUCAGGAGGCACAACGGUAGCAAAGAACCUGUUGUGGGACUUGCACCGAAACUACAGAUGUGCAGUUGUCAAUAGGGUUACUAACGACACAGUGAAUCAGAUUGUUGCCUUCCACAAGUAUGGCUAUGAGGAAAGACAAAAGCCAGGGCCAGUUGUCCUCCUCUUGGAAAACCUGGAUUCUGAGACCAUGAAACCGUUUCUAAUGAGCCUCGAGAGAGAAAUCAGGUACUUAGGAAACAAUGGACUGGCUUUUGUUCUCAUCCAUUGCAAAAGAACCUCAGAGCCACAUAGUCAUCAGCAGAAGGAAGAAUCAAAGUCAUGCGUUUGUGUUGAACAUAAACUAACAAAAGAAGAGAAUCGGUGGUUCACAAAGAAGACCAAAGAUCUUGAGCAGAGGAAUGUGUUCAAUGAAAAGGAGUUUCCUGAGCUCCUUCUUGCGUUCAUGGUAAUGAAAAAAGAAUGUGAUCCUGAAUACCUGAAAAAGGUUGUGAAGGGCAUUCUUCCACGAGUUGGCAAAGAACCACAGAAGGCACUCCAGAAUGCUGUCAAUUUAUUGAAGUAUAUCGCUGUAGUGCAGAAGUACAAUCCUGGUUUUGCAAUGCCUGUUUCUGCCUGUGACGGUUUCAUGCAAAGUCGAUAUAGAGUGAUGUCCAGUGGUCGUCAACAGACAUUUGGGCCCUGGGAGAAACAUAGGCAGCCAUUUCUGAACCUACUCCUCCUUGAAAAUUUCAUUCAAGAUAUUGAUGGCUGUGUGAAAGGCCUUGCAAUCGUCCAUCCUGUUAUUGCAACAGAGAUUGUAGAGCAGCUUGGUGAACUCUUUCAACAAAAACCUGCUGACAUGAUCCUUGAACUUCUUGAAAAGUCAACAAUCCUGGACACCUUGUCUUACAGCAAAGGCUACAUUCAGAAGGUUUGCAGAGAUUUGAUGGUAAGAAGACUGAAGAAAGAGUACGGAGAUGACAGAGAAACUGACUUUGCCCCUUUCAUAGAAGAUGUAUAUGCAGAGGAUAAGGCGAAGGCAUUCAAGAUCAUGGAAGUUGGCAUCAAGAAAUUCCGAGACCCAUUCAUAGCACAACAGAAGGCUCGACUUCACUGCAAGCGAGAAGGUGAUUUUGAUAAUGCAGAACAAGCCAUCAAUAUAGCACUUGGCAUUGUUAGCAAUAACUCAUACUUUUGGGACACGAAAGGAAUCAUCCUUCGAGAGAAGAUGACACAGUAUGAGCGCAGGGAAGAACAAGAAGUUAUCAGUGACUGUGAAAUGAAGGAGUUGUUGGAUACUUUCAGUGAAUCUUGCACAGCAUUUCAAAAUGCUCAGAAGGCUAUGGAAGAAAAUAAAGGGAACAGGAAUUAUGCUGGCUUUGAAGGUGAAAUCACCACCAUUGCUAAAUUCCUGGAAAUAGUACAGAAGAGGGUGAGACCUUUCUGUUUCAGGAAUAAAGGAUUUGAGACUUUGAGGAGGUAUCUAAUGACGGAAUAUAUUCCUCCUGAUCUCACCCUACCUUCACUCCUUGAAUUCAGUGAUACCAUGAAAUCAUUGUCAGAGAGGGUCGACGAAGUACUUGGGCGUUUCACUGACUAUCUCGCUCACUGUAAACCGCAAGGAUUUGGUGGAGCGUCGUACAGAAACUAUGAUGACAAAUUGGAGAAAGUCUACACUGCCAGACACCGCUUCUUCGCUCUGUCGUCUCCACAGCUUGAAGAUGAACGUGUGCAUGCACAGUACCCAGUGGAAACUGCUUAUGCGAUGAGACGAUCUGAUGUGAAAAGAAUGAAUGCGGAGGGAUACCAACAUAUCUUUGACAUGGCUUCAAAGAACAAUGUGGCUGAUCUCAAACAGGUUCAAUCUUUGCUGAGACAAAACCUGAGUAGUCCAAGUCUUUUUGACAUCAGGAACUUUGUGUUUACCCUCUUUGCCUUGUCAGUCUAUCCCAACGAAGGAAUAGAUGAAUCAGAGGCCAGAAAGUCGGUGAACAUCUUGAAGAUGAUGGAAGAAAAAGACGAUGGGUUCUAUGGCUUAUUCUUUGAGAUGCUGUUGAAUUGGCCCAAUGGCACACCAAGAGAAGGAAGCCCACCAAUCGGAGAGACAAUUAGGCAACUGAAUGCUAGGUGGACUGGUAGAUACCACAAUAAGGUGUAUGCAGAGUCUCGACACAACCUGCCCAGACGAUCCAGAAUUCGUCAAACUUACAGCCCCAUGAAACCUGCCACAGAGUUCUAUCUUGGAGUUCAAAAUAAGAAAUCCCGAUUUGUCCACCGGAAUUCGUUUGGUCGAAUCACGUAUAACACAUGGAAAGAGGUCUCCACCAAGAAGACACUCAGGCGGUUGGAUGGUGUCCUAGACAGCAAGCACUUUGUCUUGUACAACCCUGAUGGAGAAGAACCAGUGAAGAUCCCUCUGUCUCUUCCCAUCAAUGGUCUACCUAGCCAGGAACCUGUUCAGUUCUACCUAGGGUUCUCAUUUGCUGGCCCUCUUGCGUAUGAUGUAGUGUACAAGGACAACAGAGAGAACCCCUUCAUUACACAAGCAAGUUCUACAAACUACCCUUCCUAUGUCAAUGAAAUUGAUGAUAUUGAUGAGGGCCUUGAAGGCUAUGACUUCUAAAGUUUUAGGGUACAUUAAGAAGAAGAGAUUUUACAGAUUAUAUUGCUUAGAAAAUACACGUGUGCAGGAGUCCUCAGUUGUAUGUAAGUUUGUUCAGAGUGCUCUAUUUCUAUGUUUCUUAUUAAGAAAAGUGAAUAUUUCCAACAGGGAUAAUCGUAUAGUUUUGUGAUGAAUUCCUGAAUGCUUUCAAAGUACAAUAGAAGGAAUCUGAGCACUUACACUUGAAAUGAUUUCUCGGAAAUAUUUGUAGCUGUAAGACAUAAAUCCAUGACAUGUUUAUUUUAAAGUCUGUUGGUCAUUUUAAACCGGUGCAUAUUGAUACAUGUAUUUAGUGUCAUGUAGUUGUGUUUCAAGAGUGGCCAAAUGUUAUCUGUGCGAUUAGAUUAUAUGACAGGAAGUACUUUAAUAUGUUCUACGAAAUAGUCACACAUGUCCGUCACAAAUAAUACUAUUUUCCUGCAUCCAUUCGUGUUGGAAUAAUGUUUCAAACUUACAUGUAUCUGAUGUUAAGACUGUUAAUUAAAAGUUAGUGUCAUAAUAUGAUCAUUUUUGUCUCGCCUGCAUAGCAAAAGCGAGAUAUAGGCGCCGCUUUUCCCCUGACGGCGUCGGCGGCGGCGUCAACAUCAAAAACUUAAUCUAGGUUAAGUUUUUAAAUUUUCAAUAUAAUCAGUGAAACUUGGAAAGGCUUAUCAAGUAUUCAAAUCUUGUGUGAGGAGAAUUUCAGGUCCCAAGGUCAAGGUCAAAGGUCAUUUCACGUCAACAAACUUAGACUAUGUUGUGGCAUCAACAUCAAAAACUUAACCAAAAGUUAAGUUUUUACAUUUUUAACAUAAUUUUGAAAGUAUGUAUUCCUCUUCCAUUAAACUUGAAGAUUGGGUUAUCAAGUAUCAUCAGUCAUGUGAUUAGUCUUUAAGGUGACAAAGUCAAGGCCUAUUGUCAUUUAAGGUUUGCAAACUUAGACUUUGUUGUGGCAUCAGCAUCAACAUUUUGAUUUUUUGG